GUAAAGCAGGCCCUAUUUAGUUACUGUCAUUAGGAAAUUAUUUCAAAAAUCAUUUCAAACCUUUGGCAAAUUCCCCUUGGUUUUUUUCUGUAUUUGGAAAUUUCCAUCAACUUAUGGAUCGCGUAAAGUGUUCAUCACCGCCGGGAUAUCGUCCUCCUCUCCCGGAAACAUUACGAUCGACAUUAAGUGAUUGGAUAAUGCAAAACUUCAAUAUGCCUUCAGACGCUUCUACAUUGAUAGUAUUUUUGGUUCUGAUAUUUUUAACAUGGUACAUCGUGAACUGGGCAGUAAGGCUGCUACUUUCGUUAUUUUGGCCAAUUAUUACGGUAGCAGCAUUAAUAAUGUUCUUACCAUAUAUUCGAGAAGGCAACUUUGGCGACGUUGUACCCAAUAUAACGGAGACAGCAAAGGAUGUCGUUUAUAAAUUGGGUAUUAUAUUGGGUCAGUUCGCCAAACGCAUUGGACAGUUUAUAAGAUGCCCACAAGACUAAAUAAAAAAUACAGAUAUUCAUAUUUGGGAUAGCUAAAUCUAAGUUAUGUAAAUACUCUCAACCGAAUAAAUUUGAAAUGGUCAUUUCUAGGACAA